AUGGGUAAAAAGGCGCCCCCGUCCGAGUUGUCCGAGUGGGAGACCUCGGUCGAGUUCUCGUCGCUGGAGGAGGCCGAGGCCGAGUCCCGACUGCACAACUUGGCCGACUCGCUGCAUGGCGACUUGGAGAAGCAGCUGCUGAUGAAGCGGCUGAAGCGGGAGUUCCGGUCGCAAGUCCUCGAGUUCAUCACUUACCUGGCAUUUCUUCUGCUGUUCACCUUUGUCAUGCUCGGCGUCCGCGACCCCAUCUACUCGUUCCAGUACAACCAGAGCAUGAAGGAUCUGUUUCUGGACGAGGAGUUCCCAGAGCCUGAGAUCUACAAGACCUUCUACGACGUGGCCACCUUUGAGGAGUUCUGGGAGUACAUGAACGACGUUCUCGUUCCUGCUCUUUUCGCCGACCAGGGCGGCUUUGGUCCGGGCUUUAUCUACGGCCAGAACCUGCUCGUCGGCACCGUCCGUGUCCGUCAAGUCCGCAUCCGACCGGCCUCGUGCGCCGCGCUGGAGAUCCCGUUCAACCAGGUCUUCUCCAAGGACCAGUGUCUCGGACGGUACACCUCGGACCGGGUCUCGAAAAAGUCGUUUGGUCCCGACAACAAGUUUGUCUACCGCCCCGCCACCGAGCUCAAGAACGCUGCCCGGGUCCUCGCCCGGCUUCAGUGGUACGAGGGCGGCGGCUUUGUGGAGGAGUUCUCGCCGGCGGAUCCGUUGGCGACUCAUGAGGCACACAUGGCCUCGCUCCGUGACGACGCCUUUGCCGACCUGCAGACCCGCGCCGUCUUUAUCGACUUUACCACCUACAACGCCAACGUCAAUCUGUUCUUCAACGCCCAGAUGACCUUUGAGUUCCUGCCGUCCGGCGGCGUGCUGCCGGCGUCGACCAUGCGGACUCUCCGGCUGUACAAGUAUCCCGACUCGCACGCUGGCCGACUGCAGCUCGCUGGCGAGAUCAUUCUCCUCCUCUUUGUCUUGUUCUACGUCUGCUCCGAACUGCACCAGUUGUACACGGCCGGGAUUUGCAAGUAUUUCCGCGACCCGUGGAACUACCUCGACUGGAUCAACAACGCCCUCUUCCUCGCAGCCUUUAUCCUUCGCGCCAUCAUCAUUGCCAAGCUCGACGAGCUCAACCUCGAUGCCAGCAACAACCGAGCGUUCUACAACUUCAAUGUCCUCAACACGCUCAACUCGUCCGAACUCAAUAUUCUCGCCACCAACGCCUUCCUCCUCUGGUUCAAGAUUUUCAAGUACACCACGUUUAUCCCGGCCAUGGCCAUGAUUGUCGAGACCGUGGCGGUCUCGUUCCGCAACACUGUUGGCUUUAUCGUCAUUUUUGCCUUUGUGCUCUUUGGCUUUGCCCAGGCUGGCGUCCUCGCCUUUGGCGUCGACGUCUUUGACUUCCGCACCUUUACCGACACCUUCUUCACUGUCCUCCGCAUCAUGCUUGGCGACUUUGACUUUGAGUCGAUGCAGUACUCGAACCGGUUCUUCGGGCCCAUCUACUUUGUGGCCUUUAUGGUCCUCGUCUUUUUCAUCAUGCUCUCGCUCUUCCUCACCAUUCUCAACGACGCGUACAUCAACGUGCAGGAGGCCCACGAGGGCGAGCCCAACAUCUCAGUCAUCUCCAUGACCCGCGACUGGAUCCGCUCCAAGGCCGCUGUCUUUGACGCUCGGCCACACGGCGACGAGGUCGACGACCUCGUCCAUGCCAAGGACCUCCAGCAAGACGAGCUGCUGACCCUCGACGAGAUGACCACCAUUUUCCGCGACCACGAGGCCUCCAUCCAGUCUGUCCUCGGCAUGACCGCCGCAGAGCUGCUUGCCUACUUUGACGUCGACGGCUCGGGCCAGAUUUCCGCAGAGGAGCAGAUCCAGCUCAUCCACAAGCUCGAGGACUGGCGCCGCGACGCAGAGCUGCUCCGCCACAAGGCGCUCGGUGAGGACGACGAGUUCGUCCAGACCGCCCUCGAGGAUCUGGCUCACUCGGACAUGUCCACCUUUGUCGUCACCGUCAAGCACCAGCUCGCCACCAUGGCAAAGACCAUGGCACACAUGGAGGACUCGGUCGAGCGCGUUCGCUCUGCGCUCGGUGUCGACGCCAUCAUCUGGGAACAGGAGGGCAAGCGCGCCGCUCGCCUUGGCACACACCUCCGCAACAAGGACCGUGCCACCUACCUCAAGCACGAGCUGCCCGAUGGCCGGGCCGGGUAAAAAGAACAAACGACCA